ACUUCUUCAAGAAAAGCCCCCAUAUAUACUACACAACACUCCUCCCUCCCUCUCUCUCUCACCGACCUGUUCUCUCACCUCCUCUCGUCUUCCCAAUUUCCUAGGGUUUCUUCUCCUCCAAAAACCUAACCGUACCCCUGCAUUCUCACAGAUCGAAUCUAUAAGUUAACCUAAUUUAUAACCCUAUCUACUCUCACGAACCUGUCUCUCUAGCGGUGCUGGACAAAGACCAUGGCGGCGGCGGCGGCGACGAUGGUGAGCUCGGCGGGGGGGCUCUUGGCGAUGCUGAACGAGAGCAACCCCUCUCUGAAGCUCCACGCUUUGUCUCUCCUCAACGCCUUCGUUGACCACUUCUGGCCCGAGAUCUCUACCAGCGUUCCCAUCAUAGAAAGCUUGUAUGAAGAUGAGGAGUUCGACCAACGACAGCUUGCUGCGUUGCUUGUUUCAAAGGUUUUUUAUUACUUGGUUGAACUUAAUGACUCCUUGUCAUAUGCUCUUGGAGCUGGUCCUCUUUUUGAUGUUUCUGAGGAGUCGGAUUACGUUCAUACCCUUCUUGCCAAAGCUAUUGAUGAAUAUGCCAGUCUCAAGUCAAAGGCUGCAGAGCCAAAUGAAGCCGUCAAAAUGGACCCUCGUUUGGAGGCAAUCGUGGAGAGAAUGUUGGACAAGUGUAUCCUGGACGGAAGAUAUCAACAAGCAAUAGGAAUGGCCAUUGAAUGCCGAAGAUUGGAUAAGCUUGAGGAAGCAAUUACGAGGAGUGACAACAUUCAUGCAACCUUAUCAUAUUGCAUCAAUAUCUCUCAUUCAUAUGUGAACCUCAGAGAAUAUCGCCGGGAGGUGCUUCAUCUUCUUGUUAAAGUAUACCAGAAGUUGCCUUCUCCUGAUUAUUUAAGCAUCUGUCAGUGCCUGAUGUUACUGGAUGAACCAGAGGGUGUUUCCAGCAUCUUGGAAAAACUUCUACGAUCUGAAAAUAAGGAUGAUGCUCUGCUCGCAUUUCAAAUAGCUUUUGAUCUGGUCGAGAAUGAGCACCAAGCUUUUCUACUGAAUGUGAAAAAUCUGCUUUCUGGUCCCAAGUCUCACCCAUCCGAACCUCCACGGCAAGGAUCUGCUGCAUCAGAGUCUGGUCAAGAUGGAAAUGCUGCUGCAUCUGAGGAUGUUCAAAUGGCAGAUGGAACUCAAGCUGUUAACCAAAUUGUUCAAGAAGCAGAUCCAAAUGAAGCAACUUAUGCUGAGAGGUUGACGAAAAUCAAAGGAAUUUUGUCCGGAGAGACUUCAAUACAGUUGACUCUGCAAUUUUUAUACAGUCAUAACAAAUCGGAUCUUCUCAUUCUUAAGACAAUAAAACAGUCUGUAGAGAUGAGAAAUAGUGUCUGCCACAGUGCAACAAUAUAUGCCAAUGCCAUUAUGCAUGCUGGAACAACUGUGGAUACAUUUCUGCGGGAGAAUCUGGAUUGGCUGAGCAGAGCUACUAAUUGGGCUAAGUUCAGUGCAACAGCAGGGCUUGGUGUUAUUCACAGAGGCCACCUACAACAGGGAAGAUCACUGAUGGCCCCAUACUUGCCACAGAGUGGGGCCGGUGGUGGUGGUAGUCCAUACUCAGAAGGUGGUGCUCUAUAUGCACUAGGCUUGAUUCAUGCAAACCACGGCGAGGGUAUUAAACAAUUCCUGCGGGAUAGUCUACGCAGUACCAAUGUGGAGGUUAUUCAGCAUGGUGCAUGCUUAGGUCUUGGCUUGGCAGCUCUUGGAACUGCUGAUGAAGACGUCUAUGACGACAUUAAGAAUGUGCUUUAUACUGACAGUGCCGUUGCUGGAGAAGCUGCUGGUAUUAGUAUGGGCUUACUGAUGGUUGGGACUGCAAGUGAGAAGGCAGCCGAAAUGCUUACUUAUGCACAUGAGACACAACAUGAGAAAAUAAUCAGGGGUUUGGCAUUGGGGAUAGCCCUCACAGUCUAUGGAAGAGAAGAAGAAGCAGACACGCUAAUUGAGCAGAUGACUCGGGAUCAAGAUCCCAUUCUGCGUUAUGGUGGCAUGUAUGCCUUGGCAUUAGCAUACAGUGGAACAGCAAACAACAAGGCAAUCCGUCAGCUGCUGCAUUUUGCAGUAUCAGAUGUGAACAAUGAUGUCAGGCGGACCGCUGUUCUAGCACUUGGGUUUGUCCUGUACUCGGAUCCAGAACAGACUCCUCGUAUUGUCUCCCUGCUGUCAGAGUCUUACAACCCUCAUGUUCGGUAUGGAGCAGCACUAGCAGUUGGCAUUUCCUGUGCGGGUACUGGUCUGAGUGAGGCCAUAUCUCUGCUAGAGCCUUUGACAUCGGAUGUAGUUGAUUUUGUUCGUCAAGGCGCUUUAAUAGCAAUGGCUAUGGUGAUGGUUCAAAUCAGUGAAGCUAGUGAUUCUCGCGUUGGAGCAUUCAGGCGGCAGUUGGAAAAAAUCAUUUUGGAUAAGCAUGAAGACACCAUGAGCAAGAUGGGAGCAAUUUUGGCCUCUGGAAUAUUGGACGCCGGUGGAAGAAAUGUAACUAUAAAGUUGCUUUCCAGAACAAAACAUGACAAAAUUACUGCAGUUGUCGGUCUUGCUGUUUUCAGCCAGUUUUGGUAUUGGUAUCCCCUCAUCUACUUCAUUAGCUUGUCCUUCUCACCCGCAGCCUUAAUUGGACUAAACUACAACUUGAAAAUUCCAAGAUUCGAGUUCUUGUCACAUGCAAAACCAUCGCUAUUUGAGUAUCCUCGCCCUACUACUGUACCUACUACUACCUCGGCUGUGAAACUUCCGACUGCAGUUUUAUCAAUAUCUGCAAAAGCCAAGGCUAGGGCUACUAAAAAGGAGGCAGAUCAGAAAGCUAACGCUGAGAAGUCAGCCGGGCCAGAGUCUUCUGCUGGCUCAAAUGCUGGAAAAGGGAAAUCCACUAGUGAUAAGGAUGGGGAUUCUAUGCAGGUUGAUAGUCCAGCACCAGAGAAAAAGGCAGAGCCUGAACCAGCUUUCGAAAUCUUGACUAACCCUGCCCGGGUGGUUCCUGCUCAGGAGAAGUUCAUCAAGUUUCUAGAAGAAAGUAGGUAUGUUCCGAUCAAGUUAGCACCUUCGGGGUUUGUUCUUGUGAAAGACUUGCGUCCCACCGAACCAGAAGUGUUGUCUCUCACCGAUGCACCUUCAUCCACCGGAUCAGCCACCAGUGGAUCAGCUACUGGACAACAGGGCUCAGCAUCGGCUGCAGCCAUGGCUGUUGACGAGGAGCCUCAGCCGCCUCAGCCGUUCGAAUACACUUCAUGAUUUCAGUUUUCAAUCAAUUAACUCUCACUCGCAGAGUUUGAGUUCCAAGGCAGUGAUUGGACAAACUAUGCUGCUUUGUGGUUGAGAAAAAAGAAAGCAGGCGUUGGCAAUUGUGUGGGCAUCUCUGAUGCUGCUACUGGGAAAAAAUCUGUUGGUCUUUCACUGUUUUCCUCGCUUGUGUUUCCUCGUUGAUUCAUCCGUUAACUUAAGAGACGAGUAUGAUAGGGAAAGACGGAUAUUGGAAUUGCAAUUGCGUAUGAUUCGAGGACUGUUAUCCUUGUUUUUAUUUUUUUUGUUUUUAUUUUUGCCUGUACUGAACUAGGUAAAUCACGCUCGUUGCAACUGUAGUUUUAUUCUCGGUGAUUUCCAUUGAAAAGCAUGAACUUGCUCGAUCAAUCCUUAUUUCAAGUAGUAAAAAUGUUGGCAGUUAAUUGUA